AUGAUUCAAGAGCUUUUCGCAGGAAAUACUACCCUUAUAGGAGGAGGAGGAGGGGAGAAUAUUUCAAAGCAAUCCAAUACUCCUUCCACCUCUCCUCUUUCUUCUACUUCUAAUUCCUCAACCUUAACCACAAAUAUUCCUCCACCUGCAAAUGCUAGCUCGUCUUCAAACUCAGAAAAUAUUAGAUGUCCACGUUGUGAUUCCCCAAACACUAAGUUUUGUUACUAUAACAACUACAACUUAACUCAGCCUCGUCAUUUCUGCAAGACUUGUCGCCGUUACUGGACUAAAGGUGGUGCGUUACGUAACGUUCCUAUUGGUGGUGGCUGCAGAAAAAACAAGAAUACUAACAUCUCUACUACCUCCGCAGCAAAAUCAACUGCUGCAAAGUUGAAAGCUUCACUUCCAAGCUUUCUUGGAGGGCUCGAAAACGAAAUCUCUAUUUCGAAUCCUUUUCUUUUUUCAUCUCCUCAAAAUCAUCCUCUUAUCUCCUUACUUAGAGGAAAUCAUCAAAACCUUAAUUUUAAUGCUAAUAACUGCCAUUUCCCAAAUUCUGUGGUUAAGGAAGAGGGAAAAUCAAUUGGAGUGAAUUCAUAUAAUCAGCUUCCAAAUUCUAACGGUCUUUGCAGUAAUAUGUGGAAAAAUGGUUUUAUAGCUGGUGAAGUUCAAAGUACAGGACUCCAAGAGCUAUAUCAAAGGCUCAAAGCGUCAACGAGUCGGUGCUAUCCUGAUCACGCGCCGUCACUUUUGGGAAAUACUGCAUCAUCCUCGUCAAUGAUUUUGGAGUCGGCUCCGGUGGCUGGAGGAGAAUUGGGUUUCUGCAACCCUAGCAUUUCCACAUGGUCGGAUCUGCAGACAGCAAAUGGUGCAUAUUUUUAA